GGGCUGCUCGCUGCCAUGCUGCGUGCCCGCCGCCGGGGCCGGCCGGGGCUCGCGGGCAGCGCCCGGCAGGGCGGCCUCGCCUUCUACGUGCUGUGGGCUCUGCGGGAGCCGCCGCGGCGGCUCGGCAGCCAUUCCAGCCAGAUGGGUUUCCAGGCUUGGCUGCCGCUGCCCUUGCCAAAGCAGCUGGUGGUGUUCGGGCUGGGCGACUGGAGCUGCUACUCUCCGGACACGAGCAUCGCAGUGGAUGUGCUGGUGUCCCCCGGCGUCGCGCCACAGCGGGUCGGCACGCUGGAGCCCACCCGCAGGUCUCUGGUGUGGGAAGAUGACUGGAGAACAGAUCUUUUCAUGGCCUCAUUGAAAGAGAUGGACAAAGGCAACCCUGUGAGGCUUGUUCUGACUGUUAAUGGACAGCUGCUCCGAGGUGUCUCCAGCAGUACACCUGUCCAUCCCUUCCUUGUACCAGAGACCAGCCAGUCACCAGUGCUCCCAGCAGAUAAUAGGCCCCUUGGCCAGGACCUGGAGGAUCCUACUGAGGUUAAGAGUCAGAGCUCAGAGGUGGCUGCCAGAGCAUCCAGGCCUGUGAAGAAGGACGUCUGGCCAUCGCUGAGGACCAUGGUGGUACCCUGUGCCCUGAAGUCACCAGCUGGGAAGGUGGAAUCCAGUGAGACCUGGAGGAAGAGUCCUGACCAAGGACCACCAAGAUUCCUCUCCAAAAAGCCCAGAAAAGUUUUAUUUGAACCCACAGCAUCUGAGAGAGAUCUUGAUGAAGAAGAUCUGGCAGUGAAGGAGUUGCAAGAAGCCUCCCAUGCUUCAUCCUGUAUCUCCCCAGUCAUCCAGAAUACAAGCAGUCCCAGCCCUCGGUGGUGCCAUGCCAUGUGCCUCAGUGACCUGGGGACAGCUGUUCUCAUUGGUGGAGAAGGUGUCAAUCAACAGUCCUGCAGGGAUGCGCUCUGGAAGCUGGAAAUUGACAGUGAUUUAUGGCUUCCAGUGGGUUUCCAGGUACAAAAUGCCAUGCCAUCGUGCUUGCAUGGUCACACAGCUACCUACGACCCUGACACCAAGCGUAUCUACAUCUUUGGGGGCAUAAGGGAGGACAAAGACUACAGCAGCAUCUACAUUCUGGACACAGUCACCUGGGAAUGGCUCCUUGUGGCUGCUAAAGGGAGGAUACCAGCGCUCACCUACCACAGUGCAACUAUCUACCAGAAGGAGCUCUUUGUUUUUGGAGGAACUUUCCCCAGAAAGGCAUCGCUGGCAGUUGCACCCUGCAGCAAUGUGCUCUAUGUCUUCAAUCCAGAGCAUGAAAUUUGGUAUCAGCCCAUUUCAGAAGGGGAGAAGCCUCUGCCUAGGCUUGGGCAUUCAGCUACUCUAUUGAAAAACAAGCUGGUGAUUUUUGGGGGUCAGAGGACUUCUGUCUACUUCAGUGACAUGCACAUUCUGGAUCUGGGUUUCAUGGAGUACACGUCAGUCCCCCUCCUGGCAGGACAGCCUUCUGCACGUUGUUUUCAUGCAGCUAUGGCUGUGUCAGACCAGAAGGUUCUGAUCAGUGGAGGCUGCAAUGCCAGAGGAGCCUUGCAUGAUGCCUUUGUCUUCCACCUAGAUACCCUUUCAUGGAGCACAGUGAUCCACCACGACCUCUGCUCUGUUCCCCGAGCUGGCCACACAUUGCUUGACCUGACUCCCGCCCAUUUGAUGGAUAUGGACAAGGAGAACAAAGAGGAGCAGAAGCUGCACACAGUGUUGGUCUUUGGGGGCUCCAACUGUGCUGGGACCUUUUAUAAUAGCACACUCAAGAUCCAGCUGGACCUAGGAUAAUGCACAAUUCUCAGGAUGAGCCUGAACAGCAAGGCUCUUCACCAGCCUAAAUACAGAUAUGGAUGGCAAUAAAUGAGUCCAAACAGCAUGGUAGUCCAGGUAUCUGUAUGUAGGUGAAUGGCACCUUGGUAAAAGAGAUUGUGGGUUUGUAAAGUUUGAAGGCCAUAGGUAUUGUUUUCCUAGGGUACCUGAUAUACAGUAUCUGGGCUCAGGUGCCAAAACAUUCAGUGGGAUCUGAGGUGACUCUGCACAAGAACACAGACAAAGGUUAUGGGUUCCUUUCUUGCCCUACAGGUUUUUAGCUGGAAUUCCCAGGGUGCUUUCAGCUUUGUUAGGUGAUUUAGGUGUUUGGUUUCAUUUGGGAUGAGUGGAAUGGUAUUUACUGCUGCUAUUUUACAGAAAAAGUACAGACAUGAUUCUGGUUUGGAGGGAAUCUGGGGUAGGAUUUCCUUGGGAAACAGUCUGCAGCUGAAGGCUAGGAAACCACCUAAAGCAGUAUCUGAGGAUGGGAAAAAUAAGAACAUAAUUUUCAUUGUAGGGGAGAGAGCUGAUUGUGCCUUGCUGUCUUAAGGCACCAUCACCUAGCUUUGCUCUAGGCAGACCUUUUAUAAGUUCUGUGUGACUGCUCUUGUUAUUGCAAGGGGUGACAGAGUUGCCAACUUGACUCUUUCAAAACCCCAACAAUUAGCUUAUAUUCCAUCAGAGACUAGAUCUGAUUGUUUAUAUCAUGGAACUGAUGACUGUGCUGUGACUCUGAGGCAGCUCCAAGGAUAAGCACACUGUGUACACUGAUUUCCUGAUGAUCUUUCUGUAGAUGGUAGAAUGAAGUAGCCCCUGUGGGGAAUACAGAAAUGACUCAAUGCCUGACAGUUGUUUGUGGCCACGUUCCCCAACCCAAAGCCAUACAGAGGGAACUUCUGAUCAUUAUGGAUACUUCUGCUUUAAUCUGCUUCAUAGAGAUAGACUGCAUAGAAAAAACUAGUAGCUGCAGGUAUUCCAGCAGAGGCAUAGCUCCUGUAAGUCAUCCACACUAUUUCCAGGUCCUCUGUCCUUCCCAUCCAGAUGAAAGGGAAGCAAUAGUACUGGGGUUUCCUACUGGUACUGAAGUCCUACUCAUCCUGUAGGUGUUGUCUUCUUUAUCAUGGCAGCUUUCUAGAUUUAGUGAGUACAAGGGCUUCACGCUCGCAGCUCGGCAGGAGUAUCUGGCUGCCGGGAAGGGUGGCUUGUUUUGAAGGCCUCUAACUCCAAGAGAGCUUUAUUUAUUCUGGUUAUUGUGGGAUAUGGACCCAUGUCCACUUUGAAUCUGUAAAAGGAAAAGAAUCUGUGAAGUACUAUGAGUUGGGGAGCCAGUGCAGCAGUGAGCAGAAGUGCAGAGCAGUGUGAUAGGCCUGCCUAGCAUGGGAGGAUCUCACAGGCAUUUACACUAAAAGAAAAGGUUCAUCCCUGUAGGUUUACAAACAAAUUCUAGAGAGAUUAAUCAGUGCCUGGAGAGGUUGUAAAGUCUCCUUCUCUAGAGAUACUCAAAACCCUGGAUGCAAUCCUAUGCCACUUCCUCUAGCAGGGAAAUUUGAUUGGGUGACCUCCAGAAUUCCCUUCCAACCCCAAUGAUUCUGUGAUUGUGUGAUUUUCACCAGAUUUUUACGUAAUGUACAGCAGAAGGUAACAAGACUGCUUUUUCUGGGAAUCAUGCAGCCACUACUUGUAUGGGUUUAAGGCUUUAAAUAAAGUGUGAUUGCUCUUUC